AUGGCCAACAAGAAAGUAAUUGCAGUAUUUGGAGCAACAGGAGCCCAGGGUGGCUCUGUGGCCAGGGCCAUUUUGGAGGGCAAAAAGUUUGCUGUGAGAGCACUGACCAGGGAUGUGACUCGCCCCAGUGCACUGGCGCUCCAGGACCUUGGCGCUGAGGUGGUCAGAGGCGACUUGAACGAUGAAGCCUCAGUGGAGGCAGCUUUGAAAGAUGCCUAUGGUGCCUUCGUGGUGACCAACUUCUGGGACCAUGGCAGCAAAGAGAAGGAAAUGUGUCAGGGAAAGAUGGUGGCAGAUACUGCCAAGCGCCUGGGGCUGAAGCACGUGGUGUACAGCGGCCUGGAGAAUGUCAAGCGCCUGACUGGUGGCAAGUUGGAGGUCCCCCACUUUGAUGGGAAGGGAGAGGUGGAGGAGUAUUUCUGGUCUAUUGGUGUUCCCACGACCAGCACCCGCCUGGCAGCAUAUUUUGAAAACUUUCUCACAGCGUGGAAGCUCAUGAAAGCCCCUGAUGCAGACUACUACACCUUAGCAGUGCCUAUGGGGGACAUCCCAAUGGAUGGCAUCUCUGUUGCAGAUGUUGGAGCCAUCAUCUCUAGCAUUUUUAAUUCUCCAGAGGAGUUUUUAGGCAAGGCUGUGGGUCUCAGUGCAGAAGCACUGACAGUACAGCAAUAUGCUGAUGUUUUAUCCAAGGGACUGGGGAAAGAAGUCCGAGAUGCAAAGAUCACCCCAGAUGCCUAUGAGAAGCUGGGUUUUCCAGCAGCUAAGGAAAUGGCUGACAUGUGUCGUUUCUAUCAAAUGAGGCCAGACCGUGAUGUGAAGCUCACCCACCGACUGAACCCCAAAGUCAAAAGCUUCAGUCAGUUUAUCUCAGAGAACCUGGAAGCCUUCAAGGAUAUUUAAGCUGUUCGCCCAGGCCCCUGACAAAUAACUUCUCUUCUCCUGGCUCCUGGUUCUCUUUCCAGCACUGCACAGCCCCUGUGUUGACAGAACAGGCAUGUCAGCACACAAUUGUUUGCAACCCACCGCUCUCCCUGCAUCCUCUCUUCAGAAGAAAAUGCUGCAUCAGUGAUUUGAUGAGUAGUUUGACUCACAUAUAACUUUGCAGAUAGUGAUGAGGAUGAUAUGUUAAUGAGAAGUCCCACACCUGUCACCUUUUGUAGUUCUCUCUCCUCUUUGAAGCCAAGUUGCCUCAAAAGGCUCUGUCUGGAGAACUUGGAGCUUCGUCUCUACACGUGUGGGUACUCAGCCUUCUUCUGUACAAGUGAUCUUGAACCCUGGCUCUGCAUCUCCCUCAGCAGCUGCAGU